AUGCCUGCCGCCGCAGCGCCAGCGGCACAGAGACCGCGGCCCAGCGUCGGCCAGAUCCUCUCGAUGCCGCCGCAGUGGCUAGCCAUGUACGACGACUUCAUCACCAAGAAUGCCGGCCAGGUAUCGCAGAUUGAGAGCGCCCUGCGAAGCCUGACGUACAUUAUCCCUGGCCGCUUCCGCGACGCCGAAAUCGCCUCGGAAUCCAUACACUCGUUUGUGCAGCUCCUCUCGCUAUACCACGACAAUUUGCUCUCGCGGCCCGUGUCGCAGCUCCCCGUGCCGCCGCCACUGCGGAACGCGCACGCCCGCUACACGCGCUUCUGGUCGCACAAGAGCAAGCUGUACCGCCGCAUCGCCAUGGUGCUCCAGAUGGUGGUCUACACGGAGCUGCUGUGCGAAAUGACGGCCAAGAGGAGGGGCGGGGAGCGCGCGCGGUGGAAAGUCGUGGUGCUGAUAGAGGGCAUCAAGGCCGCCUGCAGGCUGCUCCUGCUGCGGGUGACGCGGUCGCGGCCGCUGGUGACGCCCGUGCUGCCCGAGAGAGAGGCCAUGCCCGAGGAUGAGGGCGAGCAGCAGCAGCAGCAGCAGAAGCAGGAGGAGGAGGACGAAGAGGACGAAGAGGACGGAGGGGACGAAACGCGGCACGAGAGCAAGGCCCGGCUGCCGCCGCACGGCCUCUCCGCAGCAAUGGACGUGAAGCGCCCCCACGAGCGGGAGUGGAAGAUGCCCCGGACGGGCAUGAGUCUGCCGUCGCUGCCGGACCCCGGCGACAUCAGCUCGUACCUGCUGGGCCGCGUGCUCUCCGCCGACGACAUCAAGCCGGCGGCGAAGCUGCUCAACCGGCUGCAGGGGGCGUCGCGCGCCGCCGAGGUGCUGCAUGUCCUGGCGCCGCUGGUGUACGCCGUCGCCCUCGCGCGCAGCGGCAGCAAGACGUCGUGGGCGCCGUGGGCCGUCGGGCUGGCCGUCGAGUGCGCCGCGCGCCAGCUCCGCGACACGAGCCUGCGCACGACGGCGCUCGAGAGGGACGAGUGGCAGAGGCGCGGAUGGGCCAUGGCCUGGUGGGCUAUGAGGGGCGCCUUUUACCACAAUGUCACGGCCGGCGUCGUCGGUGCCGUCACCAGGCGCAUGCCCGGCUUCGUGGCCGGCAUCUUGGACGACUACGAGUACUUGUGGGAGAAUUACUACUUCAGCACCAGUGCCUAG